AUGGUGAGGAAGAUUUCAAUUGACAAUUUAAUUACAUAUAUAUAGUUCUUGACGAAAUAAUUCAGAUGAAGAUUUUGUCAGGAUUUAUUUCCACAAAGGCUACAAUGCCAAGGAAAUAACAGCAGCAGUUGGGAUGAACCAUGGAUUAUGGAGGAGUGUUCGCACAACGCAACGCUGUUUGAAACGCCAAAAACUUCAAGGAAGAGGAGAUGAGGCAUGUAUUGAAGAAAUAAUUAAAGCAGUUUUGAGAGAACUAGAGGGACAUUGUAGAAACCUUGGAGUGGGUCAAAUAUGGAAGCAGCUUCGAAACGAGCAUGGGUUACUUGUUAAAAGGCAAACAGUGAGGGAUAUAGUCCGAAUAAUUGAUCCACAGAGAUCGGCCAAAAUGAGAAAAGGAAGACUUCAUAGAAGAGCAUACACAGUCAAAGGUCCAAACUAUAUAUGGCAUGUGGAUGGAAAUGAUAAAUUGAAGCCAUAUGGUUUCUGUAUCAGUGGAGCAAUAGAUGGCUGGAGUAGGAAAGUUAUAUGGCUUCAAGUUGAUAAAACAAAUAAAAAUCCGAACUUGAUUUGUACAUAUUUCCUGCAAACUGUUGAACAUCUUGGCAUUGUGCCCCGAAAUGUGCGAAUGGACAAAGGCACAGAAAAUGUUGGAAUUGCUGAUGUUCAAAUGCUUUUCCGUUCAGCACAUAACGACGAUUUAGUAGGAACGUCAGUUAUGUUCGGUUCAUCAAACCAUAAUCAAAGAAUUGAAAGGUGGUGGGGUUAUUGCAGGAACUCAAUUCUUCAGUGUUACAUGGAUAUUUUCAAAGACCUGGAGCUUUCAGGUAUCCUACAAAUGGCUAAUGUUCUUCAUACAGAAUGUCUGAAGUUUUGCUUCAUGAGAAUUCUUCGAAAGGAACUGGUGACACAUGCAUGCAUCUGGAAUAAACACAGAGUCCGAAGUAUGAAGCACACAAACUGUCCUGUUGGUGUUCCAGAUUUUAUGUUUAAUCAUCCAGAAUACUUUGAUUCACAACAGCAAGGAAAGCCAGUAGAUUUGCAUAUUCUUAUGCUCUGCAAAGAUGUAUAUAUGAAGAGAGUGAAUUUGGAUCAGAAGAUAUAUUUAGCGAGUGGGCUUUAAAUGUUAUGGUGGAAAAAAGAUGGAACUUGCCAGAUACAUUUGAAGAUGCAUUGAACUUAUUUUCUGAUCUAAUUUUAAUUAUCUAUGAUAUGGAAAAUUAGACAUUCUUCGAAAAGGUCAUGUGAUCUAAACAAAAAUUACAGCAAAGACAGAAUACAAAAGUACAUAUGUUCAAAAACACUUUUCCAGCACUUAUUAAUGGAACUUUCUUUAUCUGGGAUGUUUCAUAAUAUCAGAAUUUCAAUAUGUGUUAUGUUGAAGUUUAUUUGUAAAAUUUCAUCAUUGGACAAGUGUCUCAUUUCAUGAUGUCAGAUAUCUAUUGCAGUGACUUACAAAUGUCAAAGUCAAAUUCAUCGUAACAAACUUGAUAUCACUAGUAUAAGUAUUCCAUUUAAGUUAGCAACGGGCAAUAAUUAAUGACCCAUAGUCCUGUUUUUAAUUUUAAGUAAGUCGUCAUGUUAAAUACGCUGAUGUGAUUUCCUGGUGAACACCAGCUGGUUGAUAAAAGUAAUGUAAAGUAAAUGUAAUUUUUGCUGCACAUAAUACAGUAUCCCUCCAUGUCUGUUAUUGAUAAAUUAAAAACAAAUUGAAACAGUUUGAGAUUUAAUCAAUUAAAGAUAAUGAUAUCACAACAUAAAUACCAAAUCAAAGUGGAUGAAAAUGAUCAUGGUCAGUGUUUAAUGGGAGACACCGAUGACCGACUUGUUCAAACCCAUUUAGUUGUCAACAAGUUCUCUUACUUCCAUUUACUCCCAGUAACAAGAGGCCCAGAGGGCCUGUAUCGUUCACCUGAAUAUUAAAGCAGUCAUAGCAAAAUAUUCUCAUUAAA